AUGUUUCUUGAGCGUGGAACUGUAACUGAGAUGCCAGCUUAUAACUCGACAUUUGUGGGGGAUGGCCACGACCGACUCGUGGGGAACUUCGUGCUGCUGCCACUAAACACUCGGUUCCGGGGACCUGCGUAUGCGGCGAACUCGGACUACGACAUUGUAGACGAAUGCUUGGACCUGUUCCGGGCGAACUCCUUCUUCAAGAAUUUUGAGAUCAAGUCGCCCGCGGAUAGGGUUCUUGUGUAUGGGAUCCUUUUCACCAACAGCUGUCUGGGCCAGCUGCGGCCUGGGAUGAGCUACAACGAGGCAGUGAAAGCGCUGACGAACCUGGCGCUGGACAGCUUUACACUGCCGGGGACGGUGGGGUUUCCGCUGAACAACGUGUACUCUGUGCCGGUAGAGGACGGUGCUCAGAUGGAGCUGCUGAAGGGGUACCUGCAGCAGUUGCGGCAGGAGCUGGCCACGCGGCUGCUGGACCGUGUGUAUGGGGCGGAGAAGGCACAGCCCUCGAAGUUCUGGCUGGCCUUCACAAGGCGCAAGUUUAUGAACAAGGCGCUGUAA